UUGGUCUAAAAUAAAACUUUCUUAAAAAAAAAAAAUCCUCCUUAAAUUCCCAUUGAAUUCCCUCCACCCUCACUCCACCAUUCUUCAUUCUCUACUAUCACACACAACAUACACACUCCGCCACUCUCAGGGAAGAAAUGCCGUCUGCUGCCACUCUUGUCUGCUUCUCUGCGACAGCUAUUACCUGCGAUAGGAAGAGAUCUCUCGCUACUCCAGAUCUGCACCUGCCUUUCUCCGAUGUUUGGUCUAUUGCGGAAAGAAAUAAACAAAUAAACUUCAGCAUUCUGCUUCGUUCAAGAUGCAACAUCAUGUCUAAAACUCGCAUCCAAGUCUAUAGGGACGUGUUUCGAAGUGGCCAGACAGGAAUAAAGAGGCAAGAGACUUUCCAAGGUGAUGAAGAAGCAGUUUCUAUGGUUUACUUUGCAAAUGUGAGAAAGGAGAAAAUCCAGUCCAUUAAAAUGAUGUUAAGAUCGAUGGAGGAUGGUGAGAUUAGCAUAUCAGCUUAUGAUACCGCUUGGGUUGCACUGGUGAAAGAUAUUAAUGGAAGUGGUGUUCCUCAAUUCCCUUCUAGCCUUCAAUGGAUUGUGGAGAAUCAACUCCCUGAUGGAUCUUGGGGUGAUCGUUUUAUAUUCUUUGCUCAUGAUCGGAUUCUUAACACUCUAGCAUGUGUCAUUGCGUUGAAAUCGUGGAACAUUUAUCCAGAACUAUGCGAAAAGGGCAUGAUGUUCAUUAGAGAGAAUAUGUCCAAGCUUGAAAAUGAAAAUGAGGAGCACAUGCCCAUAGGCUUUGAAAUUGCGUUCCCUUCCCUCGUGGAAAUAGCUGAGAGACAAGAUUUGCAGGUUCCAACAGAUAUUCCAGUCAUAAAUGAGAUAUAUGCCAAAAGAAAUCUAAAACUCACAAGGUACCACCUAGGGGUUUCAUAA